AUGGAGGGCCUCGACAAAUUCGUCGAUCUCCAAAAGCUGGCGGAGAACCAGCACAGCAUCGCUGCUGCUGCGGCCAUUACCAUCACAGCAUAUGGCAUCUACAAGCUGUUGCAGCAAUACGGAAAGAUCUUCUCACUCAAGGUCGGCCCCGGAAACAUGAUUGUCAUCUGUGACAGAAAGGCUGUCUACGAGCUCAUCGACCGCAAGGGCAGCAUCUACUCGGACCGUCCCCCAAUGGCUGUCCUAUACAUGAACCGACUCUUGGAGGAACCCGAGAACUUUUAUACCUACUCUAGACUUUAUGCCAACUCAGUAGCCGCCAUCUUGGCCUGGGGCUUCCGCGCCAAAGAUACCGAAUCCUUUUGGUUCAAGGAAGUCAACGCCAUGAUUGAGCAGAAGCGUGCCUUCCACAUGCGCGACUACAUGGACCGCACCUGGGGCAACGCGCGGCGCCUGGUCGAGGAGCGCCGAUCGCGCGGCGACGCCCGGUCCUGCAUGAUCGACGACAAGCUCGACGAGUACGCCAAGAAGGGCUGGCCCAUGAGCGACGUCGCCUUCAACAACCUCUUUGGCGAGCUCAUGGAGGCCGGCGCCGACACCACGGCCAACCAGAUCCUCACCCUCAUCCUCGCGCUCGCCAUGAAUCCCCAGAUCCAGGUCCGGGCUCGCGCGGAGCUAGAUGCCGUGUGCGGGACGGAGCGCGCCCCGCUCUUCUCCGACUUUGAUAAGCUGCCGUACAUCAACGCCAUCGUGAAGGAAGGUCUGCGGUGGAGACCAACAUCGGAUCUAGGACUACCGCACACAGUAACCAAGGGCGGUCGCCGCAUCUGCCCCGGAAUCCAUCUCGCCGAGCGCAGCAUGUGGCGCAUCGCGGCCAAGCUCCUAUGGGCCUUUGAGUUCGCGGAGCCGCUGGAUCCCGCUACGGGCAAGGUUCAGCACCUCGACCCGGACGCGUACACAUCGUCCAACCUCGUGUGUCCCUUGCCUUUCAAGGUGAGGAUUAAGCCCAGGAGUGAGACCCAUGUGGAAAUCAUCAAGAAGGAAGUUGCGGGCGCCAUGGAAUUUUUGUCACAGUACGAUUAG